UGAAUGUGGUUAACCGAGAGUUCGCUGGUCUAUAGUUCUGUUGAAGCCAUUUGGUUUUCAAUCUUAAUAUCAUGAAGUCAGUUAUUUCCCUUCUCUAUUUUUCAACAUUGUUGUUUCUGGUUUCUGGCUCAUCACUGGCUUGUAUAAGUCCAGAUGCGUCUCGUUUGCCCUUCCACAAGCCCGAAUAUGUGGAAGGCCACUGGAAGAUUGGAAGCAGUUCGGAGAAACGCUGGGGGCCUCUGCGGUCGGCAAAAUUAACAGUCGAAGUUGAAAUCAAUGAUAUGGGUGUGCUGAAACUGCGUCCAGUAGAAGAGAAAACAUCACUACACCCGUCGCAAAUUGUUCGCUUUGAAGAAUUGAGUUCCAUCAAUAAUUUUACAGUACACUUCUUGAACUCGGAGCAAAGCCAAGUUCUUUUGCGUGCAUGCAUUGGAGCUGACAAAUUCCGUCGGAGUGUUCUCCUGAGGCUUGACCGAGAGCUUCAAUCUGAGCAAACUAAGUUGCCAAAUGUCCAUAGAAAAGACCAUGAUAACAAACCUAAGAAAAAAGAUGCCGAGCCAAACUAUGAAAAAGGCCAUGAUACCAAACCCGAGAUAAAGGAAGAGCAAGCAAACUCUGAAAAAAGCCAUGAAGAAAAUCCCAAGCAACCAAAAGCGGAAUCAAGCCAUCGAAAAGGCCAUGACGAAAAUGACAGAGAACGUGAUGAUGAAAUCCAUAGAAAAGGCCAUGACGAAUACCAUAGAAAAGACCAUGACGAAAACCUUAGAAAAGGCGAGGACGGAAAUCAUAGAAAAGACCAUGGCAAAAAUGACAGAGAACGUGAUGACGAAAAUAAUAGGAAAAGCCAUGACGAAAAUGGCAAAGAACGUGAUGACGAAAACCAUAGAAAAUUCCACGACGAAUACCAUAGAAAAGACCAUGACGAAAACCAUAGAAAAGGUGAGGACGGAAAUAAUAGAAAAAGCCAUGACGAAAAUGACAGAGAACGUGAUGACGUAAAUCAUAGAAAAGGCCAUGACAAAAACCAUCGAAAAGGCGAAGACGGAAAUCAUAGACAAGGUCAUGACGAAAAUGACAGAGAACGUGAUGAAGAAAAUCAUAGAGAAGGCCAUGACGAAAAUGACAGAAAACGUGAUGACGAAAGCCAUAGAAAAUUCCAUGACGAAUACCAUAGAAAAGGCCAUGAAGCAAACCAUAGAAAAGGCGAGGACGGAAAUCAUAGAAAAGGCCAUGACGAAAAUGACAGAGAACGUGAUGAAGUAAAUCAUAGAAAAGGCCAAGACGAAAACCAUAGAAAUUUCCACGAUGAAAACCAUAGAAAAGGCCAUGACGAAAACCAUAGAAAAAGCGAGGAGGGAAACCAUAAAAAAGGCCGUGAUGAAGAUCACACUCAGGAAAAAACAUCAGAAGACCACAAUAAACAAGGCCACGAAGAAAGCUCCAAUGAAACACAUAGAAAUGCCAAAAAAGAGAAACCCGGUUUCAUGGCCAGACUGUUUCCCUCGCAAAUGUUCAUUUAAAGAACCAAUUUAAAACUGAUUGAUCAUGACUCAAGUUAUAAAGGAAAGAAUCAUAUUCAGCUUGUAAUAAUCCAUUAGUUUCAAUUCAAUGAACUUUUCACACCAA